AAAACUAGAAGAUGCUAUUCAUAAUGUUAAAGAUUCUCAAAAAACACUUAUAAAAGCAUGUCUUCAGGCAGCUAAAAAAGUUGGUGAAGGCAAAAAAGGUAUCAGGUAUGAUAUAAAAUGGAUUUAUCAGUGUUUGCUGUUAAGAAUAAAAGGACCUAGUCUGUAUGACAGCUUAAGGAACAAUGAAACAUUACCUUUACCUUCAAGACAAACACUGCAAAAAUAUAUCAGUUCAUUCGAUAACUCUUUUGGUUUUAAAAAAAGUAUUUUUGAUGGAUUAAAAGAAAAAAAUUCAUCUAAGCCACGAUAUGAACGAAGAGGUGUAUUAUUGAUUGACGAAAUUGCUUUAAGUAAAAUGGUGACAUUUGAUCAAAGAACACUUGAUUUUGAAGGAUUUGUUGGUUUAGGAAAUCAUACACCAACCAGCCAAAAAGGACAAAUAGGUGAUCAUGCUUUAGUUUUCAUGUUCCAACCUUUUCGUGGUACUUGGGUGCAAACACUUGGUUGUUUUCUUUCUAAAGGAGCAACUCCAUCUGAUGCUUUGAAAGAACUAACAUUAGAGUGUAUAGCAAAGCUCGAGGAUGCCGGCCUUCUUGUCGAUGCUGUAACAACUGAUGGAGCAUCUUGGAAUAGGGCUAUGUGGACAAAAUUUAAUAUUGGUGAAAAUCACAAUUUUUGCUCACAUCCAUGUGAUGAUAACAGGAAAUUAUGGUUCACCUCAGAUUUUCCUCAUUUAAUAAAAAAUUUGAGAAACCGAAUUUUGAGAAAAAAUAUUUAA